GACAGCAUUCGCAUUUCCCAUGACUGUGACUGUGUCAUAGUACUGUACGAUGUCACGGAUAUGGAAAGCUAUAGCCGAGCGGCUGACUGUUUGUACAACAUCAGCAGGGCACUGGUCGACAGCGAUAAGAUACCAGUGGUAUUGGUGGGCAACAAGAUCGACUUGAUGCGCAAUCGUGCCAUCACCGAGCAAGGUUAG